AAGCCCAGUCGGUUAGAGAGAGUGGAGUAGGAGUCAGUAGUGAUUCUAGUGGGUUCCUGCAAAAGACCCCACCUUCCUUGUAAAUUAUUUUUCCUUAUUUUAAAGUUUUCUGUUUUCAAAACCCCACAAAGGCCAGAGGCCCUGAGACAGAUUUGCAAGGACAAGAUUUUCUGUACCCAAAGGUAUGAAUUUCAAAUCUGAUAAUAAUUACUCCUAAAAGAAGGCGGUAAAGCACAAACCCAAAACUGAACAAUCAAACAGGUUUCUUCAUUGACAAGGAGAGAAGAAAGAAGAGAGAGACAGAGAGAGACCCAUGAAAAAGUUCCAUCGGUAGGAGAGAGAAAGGGAGAGAGAGAGAAACCUUUGAGGAGAAAAAGACCGGAUAUACUUGGACAAGAAAGGUCUGAUCGUUUCUACUACUCCCUUCUUUCGUGUCUCUCUCAGCUGGGUUCUCCUCCAGCAGUGGACUUUUAUCUCUCGAGAAUUCAACAGGAAAAAAAUAGUUUUUGAAGAGGUAUCAGAAUGAUUUGAAGAUUUGGAAUUUCUGAAUGGCUGGUCAUAGAAUUGGAGGAACAGCUGGUUUGUCAGACUCAGGGCCUUCAAACUACCAUCUCCCAUAUGCAGUUUUUCAUGGGAUUAAUAAUCCUCCCACAAGCUUCAUCAAUCAAGAAAGAUCUGCUUUUGCUUUUGGAGAGCUAGAGGAAGCUAUUGUGCUGCAAGGAGUGAGGUUCAAGAAUGAUGAAGCUAGUAAAUCAUCUUUAUUUGCAGCAACCAGGCCUGCUGCAGCAGCUACUCUGGAAAUGUUCCCUUCUUGGCCUCCUCUGAGAUUCCAUCAAACCCCAACAACAGUAGGGAGUUCAAAAUCAGGAGGGGAGAGUCAGAGCACUGACUCAGGAUCAGGAGUGAACGCUCUUUCAUCAAGCAAGGCCAAGGGCCAUAUCGAAGCAGAGUCCCCCAUGAGUAGAAAAGCACCUUCUUCUGAUCAUCAUCAUCAUCAUCAUCAGGCGUUUGAGCAUCACCCCCAGCUGCCCCACCAGCAACAAGCACCACUGGAAAUGAUAAGCGAUGGCUCUGGAACAGGUUUACUGUCACAGGCUCAAGUCACUCAUCAACACCCUGCCAAACACAACCCAGAAAAGAGGAAAGGAGCUGGUUCAUCUUCAGAGAAAGGACAGGAUCCCAAGACAUUAAGACGUUUGGCUCAGAACAGAGAAGCAGCAAAGAAGAGCAGACUCAGGAAAAAGGCCUAUGUGCAGCAGCUAGAGACAAGUAGGUUAAAGCUGGCUCAGUUAGAACAGGACCUCCAGCGAGCUCGAUCUCAGGGAUUGUUUGUGGGAGGAGGUGGUGGUGCUUGUGGAAGUAUCAGCUCAGGUGCUGCAAUAUUUGACAUGGAAUAUGCAAGAUGGUUAGAUGAUGAUCACAGGCACAUGGCGGAACUCCGGACAGGGUUGCAAGCUCAUUUAUCCGAUAGCAAUCUUAGAGUUGUGGUAGAUGGAUAUGUGGCUCAUUACGAUGAAAUUUUCCAGUUAAAGGGGGUUGCUGCCAAAUCGGAUGUCUUCCACCUCAUCACCGGAAUGUGGACUACCCCAGCCGAACGUUGCUUCCUCUGGAUGGGUGGUUUCCGGCCUUCCGAGCUCAUCAAGAUGUUAAUGAGCCAAUUAGACCCAUUGACAGAGCAGCAAGUCGUGGGGAUUUACAGCCUGCAGCAGUCCUCACAACAGGCAGAGGAGGCCCUGUCCCAGGGACUGGAGCAGCUACAGCAGUCUCUGGUCGACACUAUUGCCGGUGGGUCCGUCACCGAUGGCAUGCACCACAUGGCUGUUGCCUUGGGCAAGAUCACCAAUCUUGAAGGCUUCGUUCGCCAGGCUGAUAAUUUAAGACAACAAACUCUUCAUCAACUGUGCCGGAUAUUGACCGUUCGACAAGCGGCGCGAUGUUUUUUGGUGAUUGGAGAGUACUACGGUCGGCUACGAGCCCUAAGUUCCCUUUGGGCAUCUCGCCCGCGAGAGACGAUGAUUAGCGACGAUAAUUCGUGCCAGACAACCACGGAUUUACAAAUGGUGCAAUCUUCGCAACACCACUUUUCCAACUUUUGAUCCACACCGUCCAUAUAUCCAGAAAGCUGUUUAGUGUUGAGAUUUAUGGUGAUUGAAUUCCCCUCCCCGCCCCCCUAGCUUUUGGCGGUCUUGGCUUUCUUGAAGAAGCUUAGAACUGUAGAUCGAUGGAGGGUAUAUUUGAUUCUCCGUUAGAUUAGUAGUACUAGUAAUAUUAUAGUAUAUCCUUUAUACUACUACAACUCUAGUAAUUAAGUCACCUUGUAAAUGUAAAAUCAAUUUUAUGUGAAAGAAACGAGGAAGCUAAGCUGCUACUCAUACUUGAGUAACCAAAGAGAGAAAUCAACAGUACUGAUCUAUUACUGCAUCCAUGUAGUGUACUACUCCUAUAUUGCUAAUUUGCUAUUGUCUUCUUGCUUCUUUA